AUGAAGAUGGCGGCGCCUCUCGCCAGCAAGGCAGGGUCCGCCGGCACUACCAGCAAGCCUCCCUUCCCGGAGCUGGAUUUCCGAUCGGGAGCGAGGGUGGAGGAAUUGAAUAAACUCAUCCAGGAAUUCACCAAGCACGACCAGAGGGAGUACGACGACCAGAGAGCCCUGGAGAUCCACACGGCGAAGGACUUCAUCUUCUCCAUGCUGGGCAUGGUUCAGAAACUUGACCAGAAGCUGCCUGUAGCCAAUGAGUACCUGCUGCUCUCAGGCGGUGUGCGGGAAGGUGUAGUGGACAUUGACCUUGAUGAGCUGAAUGUGUAUGCCCGAGGCACAGACUAUGACAUGGACUUCACCCUGCUUGUGCCCGCGCUGAAGCUGCAUGACCGCAACCAACCAGUCACGCUGGACAUGCGCCACUCAGCGUUGUGCCACUCCUGGCUGAGCCUGCGGCUCUUUGACGAGGGAACCAUCAGCAAAUGGAAGGACUGCUGCACGAUCGUGGACCAUAUCAACGGAGCUACCAAUUACUUCUUCUCCCCAACGAAAGUCGCAGACUGGUUCUAUGACUCCAUUAGCAUUGUCCUCUCUGAGAUCCAGAAAAAGCCUCAGCGAGGGAUGCCAAAGGUGGAGAAGGUAGAAAAGAAUGGGACUAUCAUAUCCAUCAUUUUGGGAGUGGGCAGCAGCCGCAUGCUGUACGACAUUGUUCCUGUGGUGUCCUUCAAAGGCUGGCCAGCUGUGGCCCAGAGCUGGCUGAUGGAGAACCACUUCUGGGAUGGGAAGAUCACAGAGGAGGAAGUCAUAAGUGGAUUUUACUUAGUGCCUGCAUGUUCCUACAAGGGGAAGAAGGACAAUGAAUGGAGGCUGUCAUUUGCCAGAAGUGAAGUGCAGCUGAAGAAGUGCAUCUCCAGCAGCCUCAUGCAAGCCUAUCAGGCCUGCAAAGCUAUCAUCAUCAAGUUGCUGUCCCGCCCCAAAGCCAUCAGUCCAUAUCACUUGCGGAGCAUGAUGCUGUGGGCGUGUGACAGGCUACCGGCCAAUUACUUGGCCCAGGAGGAUUACGCCGCCCACUUCCUCCUGGGUCUCAUUGAUGACCUCCAGCACUGCUUGGUCAACAAGAUGUGCCCUAACUACUUCAUCCCCCAGUGCAACAUGCUGGAGCACCUCUCUGAAGAAACCGUCAUGCUGCACGCGCGGAAGCUGUCCUCGGUCCGCUCAGACCCUGCCGAACACCUUCGAACUGCCAUCGAGCACGUCAAAGCAGCCAACCGGCUCACGCUAGAGCUGCAGCGGCGAGGCAGCACCACCAGCAUCCCCUCCCCGCAGUCAGAUGGAGGGGACCCCAACCAGCCCGAUGACCGACUAGCCAAAAAGUUGCAGCAGCUAGUGACUGAGAACCCAGGGAAGUCCAUCUCUGUCUUCAUUAACCCAGAUGAUGUCACAAGGCCCCACUUCCGAAUCGACGACAAAUUUUUCUGAGCUUUCAUCAAUGUUUCUUGGGAUUUUUUCUUUUGUUUCAUUUUUUAAAAACAAAACAGUGAGCAGUUUUUUUCAGUUGGUUUUCCUUGAUGACUUAGACUCUUGUUUUUUACAUAUCCAGCGUAGAUUGGAUCUGUUGAGAACAAUCUGAAUAAAUUAUAAUUCCUGGUUCUGCAGGACAGUGCAGAUUUUGAAACAGUAUAUUAGUAUUUCAUAUGCUGCUUUGAUUUUUUUUCACGCACCCAUCCCCGUUGUCUGUGAGUAGUUUCUAAAGGAGGACAGGCACCAUAAACACAUAUACCAGUGUUAUAUAGAAUUUUUUUCAAGCUUCCAUAAUUAAUAGACACUGUUGGGCCCCCAGAAGGGAGCACUCACCUUCCACUCCUUAGGAAAUUCACGUUUUUUUUUCCUUGAGCUUCCAUGACCCUAAAGAAAUGAGAGAGACUCUGGGUUGGAAAGCACUCCUGGUAAUUUGAUGAGGCCAAAUCUACUGGGCUGAAGCCCAGUUCAUCUGUUUUCACAUUUCUCACGCUAGGGGAGGAAGUUGACUUUAGAGAUGUUGAUGCUUUUGGGGGGAAGAGUUGUUUCUGUUUUGAUCUACUUUUUGAAUGUAAUUGUUCAUAAUUGGACCCUGUACAGUCCAGAGGGUUGUUUCUGCUGCUUUUCCAUGUGGAAUAAGGUUAUGGAAUGUUAGUUUUAGUGUGUGUAAUUAUUCAAAGCCUUAUUUAAAUUCUAUUAAAGAACAUACCAUUAUAAAUGUUAAUUGCACUAAUGAAAUCUCUGCCAUUACCUCAGCCCCACUGUUUAUGUUUCUUUCAUGAAUUAGCAUCUGUUAUUAGGUACCAGUUGCUUGAGGCCCUUUGGGUCUCAUGGUUUCAGGUGAUUUCUUGAUUGUCUUUUGUAAAAGACUUCCUUGUUAGCCCUGCUAUGUUUGAGAAGUCAGAUUUUUGCAUUGGCAUAUUUCUUUGGAUGCGUAUUGUGUGUUGCAGUGCAUAUUGCAUUGAUAUGUAUUGCAUGUUGUUGAAACAGAUUUGCCAUUAGAUAAGGACUUAAUGCUAAAGCAGUGGUGUGUGCAAACUGAAUCAGCCAGACCUCGAGCAAAGGAGCUACCUUGCUUCUCUGAUGCAUGCAUUAGGCCUGAUCCCUUACGGCAGUUACUAGUCCCGUGACUCCUGUGGACUUUUCUGACUUACCCUGGGACAUACGAGAUCUUACCUUGGUCUCGUGUCUACAGAAGUUGUUUGCACAUAAACUUGUAGUGCAACACUAACAAGGGUUAGUCUGAGCCAAAAAAAAAUUCCAAGGAUAAUAACCAUACCAAGGAUAAUAAUUCCAAGCAUAAAAAUAAUUCCAAGGAUUCCAAGUUCAAGGAUAGAGUGGCUUUUUGUGGCUGGCUGGCCAGUGACUGAUAUUUAGGCCUUAAAUCAGCAAUUUGGGCUUACUGAUUUUCCCAGAGAAGCUGUUCUGAUCCAAACUUGAUGCAUGUUUUAAAAUGUCAUUAUUAGAGCAGGUUGAAGUAUUUUUUAAAUAUGUGGCAGACAAAUGAGGAGCGUAUCUAGUAAAUUCUAACAGAUAAAAAUUGUGUGUGAAAAAUGUGUCACUUCUUUUGCCCAGCCUGUCCAGUAAAGAAACCAGGCUGGUGGAGCAACACACCAGCAGCUUUGGAAACUGCAUUGCUUUAUUAGAUAGCAGGGAGGUUUCAAUACCGUAUCUAGUGCCCAGGUCACAACUUAAAAUUAAUUUUUGGCUCCUCCAUCUCUUGGGCAUGCUUGAAAAGUUUAUCUCAUUGCUGCAGCCAAGAUUUUCACAUUUACCUGAAUCCACUGGUACACACGAGCAUGAAGAAGCUCUCAGGAGCUGUCGGCUAGAUGGAUGUUCGAUGAGGAUUUAACCUUAAAGCGCAAUCGGCUGGUGAUGGUGAGCCCCGGUGCAGCUGCAGUUAUGGCCGGGGAAGGAUGUGAAUUGACUUCAGUGGAAGCAGAACUGGGUCCUACCAGCGCGGCUACUGCCAAAGAUGAGUCUCUGUAAACCUGUGUAGCCUGCCAGCGGGGGCAAAGAACCAUCUGGGAAUCCUCUCCAGAAGUGCUUCGAAAAUGCAGAUUCAUUGAAACCGUCUUUUCCCCUGUCUCCAGGACUUCUUUCUGUCUGUUGGGAAAAGAGGCUGGGCUCCAGGAUGCAAUUCCCCAUCGCCACGUGAGAGAUCUGCUCAGCAGAAAGCCCUCCGGCAGGCAGGGUGCUUUCCCAGGAGCCCCAGCGCCUGUGCCGCUGCUCCUGCGUUGCGCAGGAACACAGCUCUCAGCCUUCCUCAUGCCACUUCAGCGUCCCGAUGACCAGUGGUUUGGCUAGCCCACGUCAAGCUCUGGUGUGUGCUCCUUUCUUUUCAGUUUUAAUUAAAAAACAUGUU